AGUCUUCCAGCCACUAGGUGUCAGUGAUUGCAACGGAAAAAAAUCUCGCUGCCCUUAUUUUUAUGUGUCUUUUCCAGUGCCUGGAGGGGACUAGACAGGAAGCGACGUAUUUUUCGCAGCAGUAACUUGCAGAAGCCGGAGGCAGGACCCUUCUCACGAACGAUGGCACUGCCCGCACUCUACCUCUCCCCCCACCCGCACAGCGCCCACAACGCCCAGGUGCUGGUGGCCCUGGAGUACGGCGGACAGAGGGCGAGGUUGGUGGACACGAGGAGGGGGGCGUCUGCGGGCGACGUGGCCGGGCUGCCGGCGAUAGAGGCAGAGUCUGGAGGGCAUGUGUGGGGCGGCGCGGCGGUAUCUCACCUCCUGGCCCCGGCGGAGAUGAGGGGCUCCUGCGGCGAGGAGGCUGCCCUGGUGCGGCAGUGGACGAGCUACGCCGACAUCGAGCUGCUGCCGAUCGCCUGCGCCUCGACCUUCCCCGCCAUCGGCCUCUUGAAGCACAACAAACAGGCUGUGGACCGGGCACAGGUGGAGCUGCGGAAGACGCUGAGGUUCCUCGAUGAUCACCUCAGGUUGAGAACGUACCUGGUGGGGGAGAAGAUCACCUUGGCGGACGUUGCCGUGAGCUGUGCCCUGCUGCUCCCAUACCAACACGUCUUCAAUCCUGAGUUCAGAAAGCCGUUCGUAAACGCCAACCGCUGGUUCGAAACGUGCGUGAACCAGCCAGAGUUCAGGAGAGCGCUGGGAGAGGUCAAAUUCUGCGAUGGACGCCCGCCCACCAGCGAGGACAAAAGCACAGGAGAACUCUGCAGAGGUGCGGAGCGGGCCCCUGUGUCAGCGGAGGGGCCCGGGCACGAAGGGGGGGUACAGCAGCCGGCCACCGCCCCCGCCCCGGUGAAGAAGACGGCCGCCCAGCUGAAGAAGGAGGCGGCGAAGAGGGAGAAGAUGGACAAGUUCCUGCAGAAACAGGAGAAGAUGAAGGAGCAGCAACAGAAGAUGCCUGAGAAAAAACCCAAGGUUGAGAAGAAAGAAAAGAAAGAUUUGGGAGUGAUCACAUACGACAUCGCGACCCCUCCAGGAGAGAAGAAAGAUGUGAGUUGUCCAAUGCCGGAUUCCUACAGCCCACAGUAUGUUGAGGCUUCCUGGUAUUCCUGGUGGGAGAAGCAAGGAUUCUUCAAACCCGAAUACGGGCGUAGCAGCCGGGAUCUCUCCGAACCCAAUCCCAAAGGAUUAUUCAUGAUCUGCAUACCAUCCCCCCCGCCUAACGUGACCGCUCUCGUUACAACCCUGGGUCAUUUCCCUGACCCCUGCUAUCCCCUUCUCCCUCCCUCCCGCUGGCACCGUAUGUGCGGGGAGACCACACUGUGGAACCCGGGCUGUGACCACGCGGGCAUUGCCACACAGGUGGUGGUGGAGAAACGCCUGUGGAGGGAGAGUCGACAAACCCGGCACGACUUGGGCCGGCAGCGAUUCAUCGAGCAGGUGUGGAGGUGGAAGCACGAGAAGGGCGAUCGCAUUUACCACCAGCUACGUCGACUGGGCUCAUCCAUGGACUGGGACCGGGCCUGCUUCACCAUGGACCCGAAACUGUCAGCGGCCGUGGAGGAAUGUAAAUUCGUUCGACUCCAUGACGACGUGGGUCAUCUACCGCAGCACCCGGUAGACAAGAAGGAGUUGGCUGGCCGCACGUUCCUGCCGGUCCCCAACUACGUCGACAAGGUGGAGUUUGGUGUCCUCGUCUCCUUUGCCUACAAACUCGAAGGGUCAGGCGAGGAGGUUGUCGUAGCAACCACUCGUAUCGAGACCAUGCUGGGGGACACGGCCGUGGCAGUUCACCCCAGAGACCCCCGAUACCAGGGCUUGGCUGGAAAGUUUGCCGUGCACCCGUUCUGCGACCGCAAGCUGCCGAUCGUUUUCGAUGAGUUUGUGGACAUGGAGUUUGGGACCGGGGCUGUAAAAAUCACACCUGCCCACGACCAGAACGACUAUGAAGUUGGAAUGAGACACGGCCUCCAGUUUGUCAACAUCAUGGAUGACAACGGCUAUCUUAUCAACGUCCCCGAGCCUUUCUUGGGGAUGAAGCGAUUUGAUGCGCGCAAGGCGGUGCUGGCAGCCCUGACGCAGAAGGGACUCUUCAAGGAGGUGAAGGACAACCCAAUGGUGGUGCCCGUGUGCAGCCGCUCCAAGGACAUCGUGGAGCCCCUGCUCAAGCCCCAGUGGUACGUGAGGUGCAGCGAGAUGGCCAAGAUGGCCUCAGACGCGGUGCGUAGCGGGGAGUUGAGGAUCAUCCCUGACACUCACAUCAAGACAUGGUUCAGCUGGAUGGACAACAUCAGGGAUUGGUGCAUUUCCCGGCAGCUGUGGUGGGGACACCAGACGCCCGCGUACUUCAUCACCGUCAACGAUCCCACUGUCCCUGCCGGAGAAGAUGCGGACGGCCGAUACUGGGUGAGUGGCCGGUCGAUGGACGUUGGCCGGGGCAAGGCGGCCGAGAGAUUCAACGUCUCUCCGGACCUCAUCUCCCUGCGUCAAGAUGAGGAUGUGUUGGAUACCUGGUUCUCGUCUGGACUCUUCCCGUUCUCCAUCUUCGGCUGGCCUGACCAGACGGAAGACUUCAAGAUCUUCUACCCAGGCACCUUGCUGGAGACCGGCCAUGAUAUCCUCUUCUUCUGGGUUGCUCGCAUGGUGAUGCUGGGCCUGAAACUAACCGGCAAACUCCCUUUCAAAGAGGUCUACCUUCACGCCAUUGUCCGUGACACCCACGGGCGCAAGAUGAGCAAGUCCCUCGGUAACGUCAUCGACCCGCUGGAUGUGAUCAUGGGCAUCUCGCUGGAGGGUCUGCACGCACAACUGUUGGACAGCAACCUGGAGCCCGUAGAGAUCGAGAGAGCACAAGCAGGCCAGAAGUCGGAUUAUCCAAACGGAAUUCCGGAGUGUGGGACUGAUGCUUUGCGGUUCGCUCUGUGUGCCUACACCUCCCAAGGCCGGGACAUCAAUCUGGACGUCAACCGGGUGCUGGGCUACCGACACUUCUGCAACAAGCUGUGGAACGCCACCAGGUUCGCCCUCCGCGGCCUGGCAGCGGGGUACCAGCCCCAAGACACGGCACAGCGCUCGGCACAGGAGAGCCUGAUGGAUCGCUGGAUUCUCAGUCGCCUGAGCCACGCGGUGGAGGCGUGUAACCACGGCUUGAAGCUCUACGACUUCCCCGCUGUAACGACCGCCAUCUACAACUUCUGGCUGUACGAGCUCUGUGACGUCUACCUGGUCAGUCUGACGGCUGUUAUUUUGUUCUUUACAAUACUAUGUUAUUUUAUUCUUUACAAUACUAUGUACAGUAGAUGCUGUAUACUUUGCGACUGGAGAGACGAGGAGCUGGACCGGAACGUCGACUUUGCCCUAUCCAUCAUCCGCACUACCCGCUCCCUGCGGGCCGACUACAACCUGACCAAGACCAGAGCCCACUGUUACUUGAAGUGCCAGGACCAGGCCACAGCGGACAUGAUCAGCCCCUUCUCUUCCUACAUCCAGACCCUGUCAUCCUGCAUGUCGGUCAGCGUGUUGGUGGAGGAGAACUGCCCAGCGGGAUGUGCGAUCGGGAUCGCCUCUGAUCGCUGCUCGGUCCACCUCCUCCUCAAGGGACUGAUUGAUGCAGAGAAGGAGGUGACUAAACUCAGGAACAAACAGGGAGAGAUUGAGAAGCAGAUCGCAAAACUCAGGGAGAAGAUGUCCAUUGCUGAUUACAGCACCAAAGUGCCUUCGAAAAUCCAGGAGAUGGAGGCGGAGAAGUUGAGGCAGAGUGAGACGGAGCAGCAGAAGGUGGAAGAGGCCAUGAGGAACUUUGAGAAGAUGCUGUGAAUGGGUGAAGGCCAGGGUGCCGGUGGCGUGGAUACUAACGGCUUGGCGCGGUGACGCAGCGAGUAGAGGCGCCGCCUGGCGACGCCCGAGACCCCGGUUCAAUCCCGACCCCCGGUGAUGUCUUUCUACGCGGAGUUUGUGCGUUCUCCCCGUGACCUCCAGAUGCCCCCACAUCCCAAAGACGUGCGGGAUUCCAGGUGAAUCGGCCCCUCUGUAAAUUGACCCCUAGUGGAUGAGAGAUUGGGAUAGUGUACAACUAGUGUGAACGUGCGAUCGACCGUUGGUCGGCACGGACACGAUGGGCCGAAGGGCCUGUUUCUGCGCUGUACCUCCAAACUAAACUACCGUGUGAUUGGGCGAUCGACCGCUGGUCGGCACGGACACGAUGGGCCGAAGGGCCUGUUUCCGCGCCGUAUCUCUAAACUAAACUACUAUUUUUGAUUGAUUUUUUUUUUAAACUCGAGAGAGCUCUUGAAUGAGCUCGCACAGUGGGACAGGGCCCUUAACACUAUCCUACACACACCAGGGACCAUUUACACUUAUACCCAAGCCGAUUAACCAACAAACCCGCACGUCUAUGGAGUGCGGGAGGAAAGCGAAGAUCUCGGAAGAAAACCCACGGGGAGGACGUGCAAACUCCGCGCAGACAGCGCCCGUAGUCGGGAUCGAACCCGGGUCUCCGGCGCUGCGAGGCAGCGACUCUACCGCUGCGCCACCCCCUCCUCUCGACUUGAUCAACAGACACUUGUUUAAAUAAAGAUUUAUUGUUUCUUCAUAAA